AGAGUCGCCGUCUCCAAGGUGAAAGCGGAAGUAAGAUUUUGGCGCGCCACAUGGAACCGCUUCUGCAGCACCUGGAGCGCUUUUCUGAGGUUUUGGCGGUCUCCCGCACCACCCACGUUAGCACCUGGGACCCAGCGACUGUACGAAGGGCUCUACAGUGGGCUCGCUACCUGCGCCACGUCUACCAGCGUUUCCGCAGCCAUGACCACAUCCGCACAACUCUGGAAAGGCGGUUGCACUGCUUGUGGAAGGAAGGCGGCCUUGGGGUGGGUCCAGUCCCCGGACUGAGGAACUUUGAGGCCCUUGGGCACUGUGACAUCCUGCUUUCUCUGCGCCUGCUGAAGAACCCGGCCCUGGGGGAUGCAGCUUGUCGCUACCUGCUGCAGCAACUCUUUCCCGGCGCGGGCGUCCGGGAUGCCGAUAGGGAACUACUCCAAGACAGUCUGGCCAGCCUCGCUCGCCGCGGGUCUGCGGUCCACAUGCUGCGCUUCAACAUCUGCAGGGAGAACCCGAAUCUUCAGGACGACUCACUGAUGAAGACCCAGGCUGAGUUGCUGCUGGAGCGUCUGCAGGAGGUGGGCAAAACCGAAGCGGGAGGCCCCAGCAAUUUGCUCUGCAGCCUGUGGGAGCGCCUGCCGCAGAACAACUUCCUGAAAGUGAUAGCGGUGGCGCUGUUGGAGCCUCCCAUGUCUCCCCAGCCCCAGGGAGAGGAGUUAAAACUGUGUAGCCCUAGAAUUCUUGGAGAGGGGAGUCAAGAGCUACUCCACUGGCUUCUGGGGAAGUCGGAAAUCAUGGCUGCCUUUUGUCGCAACGUCCCAGCGGGUCUUUUGACUUUGGUGGCAGGUCGCUACCCAGCACUUUCUCAUGCCUAUCUGAGUGUGCUAGCUGACUGGAGUCAACGUCUGCACUACGACCUUCAGAAAGGCAUUUGGGUUGGAGCUGAGUCUCAAGAUGUGUCCUGGGAGGAGUUGUACACUAGAUUUCAAAACCUCUGCCAGGCACCCCCACCUCUGAAAGAUGAGGUUCUAACUGCGCUCAAGUCUUACAAGGCGCAGGAUGGAAAUUUCGAAGUUCCUGGUGUUAGCAUCUGGACAGACCUGUUGUUAGCUCUUCAGAGUAGUGCAUAAUACCACAUUUGGUCUGUUUUAGGUCUGAAGCCAAGCACUAAUUCUCCAUGAGCAACGUUUGUUAUUUGAAUAUGUAGUUUACAAAACGAUAAUUCUAUGUUGAAAAGGAAAAAGCAGCUUUUUUUUUUUUUGGUAUGGUUUACCCUUAGUUUGGUUUGAUUCCAACUCUACCCCAGUGCCCUUCCAGUGAAGAGUUUUCUUUAACAACAUGUGUCAGAAAUGUUAUUUUGAAAAACAUAUUAGCCUAUUUGGAAUUUAAGCCUUGGACUUUGGCCUUGUUGAUCUAGUGUUCUAACCAGUUAAGCUGCCUCACCAUGCAAUUAAAAUUGUUGUUUUGUUUCUUGUUUUAGCAAAUUACUAAUCUCUCUGUAAGACCACAUAGUAUGUUAAUUUAAAAUAUUGACUUCAAUACACAAAAAAUGAAUUAGAAGACCCAGUUGUUACUUCUGCCAUUAAUUAGGUUAGUAGAUCACAACCUUAGUGCAACAGUUACUUCUUAUUAAAUGAAGUGUUUGUACUAAAAUAAUUAAAUUUUAUUGUUCUUCCCUUAAUGACUGCCUUAUGAAGACCAUUUGGAGUAUUUAUUUUGAGUGUUGGAACUUAAUUUUGUUAGUUUCCUUGAGUAUUACUCAAGUAGCAGAAUAAUUUAGUCAUUUUUAUUGGGGAUAUAUAAAUUUCCAGCAACCGAGGCAUUUUUGUCCAUAUCCAGGUUAACUGAUAAUAAGAGUUUUUGGAAUGUAUUGCUACUCAGAAAGUUACUUUCUAAUUCCAGAAAUGAAAUUAGAACAAAAGGGUCUUAUCUUGUAGAAAAUUUUAUUCUGUAGUAAAAUUUCAGAGGAAAGUAAUGUUCCCCCAAGAAGUAUACUUUCUAAAAUAAUCUCGAGUGAACAACAGCAAAUUCCUAUUACCUGUGGUCUUAUUCCUUUUUGUAGCUCUAAUUGAUAUAGACCAUCUUUUAGAUUGCAUUUGCCAAAAAUAGUAAAACAACUUCUUCUGUUAAUUACAUGAAUCUUAUUUCAAGAAACAACUCAGUAAAGAGUUGUGCCAUGACAACUCCUAAUACUAGUUUUAAUUUUGGGAACUAGCAGUUUGUAAACUCUUUCCUCAUUGCUACAUCUAACAUUAUAAUAUAAGAUAAAAUAAGGUUGAUAUAGACUUAACAUUUUAAAAUAUAUUUUUAUACUGAUCAUUUGUUAAUUUUUUUUUACUUUAAAUUCCAUGGUAUAUUUGUUACAUACGUAGUCUUAUUUAAUCUCAUUUAAUCUGUGUUCCAAGACUAUAUUUUAUGUGUAUAAACUGAAAGAGAUGAAGUGAAAUGCCGAAGGGCACACACAAAAGCAAAUAAGAGUAGAAGCCAUAUCCGUUAUUUAUUUUGUUUCCAAGAGUUUAGUACAGUAUCUGGCAUGUGUUUUAUGUACUCCUAAUGUUUGAAUAAAUAAAAUCAGCAUUGGAACCUUAAUCAGUACAUUUUCUUAUAUUUUAAAAAAUAUUAAGUACUUGUAAAGUUCCUAUUGAAUUUAAUAGCCUACAUAUCUCUUUAGGAUUGCAUGUAUAGGAUAGGAGAAAAGAUGAAAGAAGUAAAUAAACAUGAAAAUAUCGGAAAACUUUAUAAAAUCCAGAAAUAUUUAUUUUGUGGUUCAUCCUAUUAAAUGUUUAUUUGUUUUGGGAUAGGUUUGUGUCUCAGUAGUAGGUGAAGUACUUGCCUAGCAUGUGUGAGGCACUGGGUUUGAUCCUCUGCACCACAUAAAAAUAAAUAAGUAAAAUAAAAUUAUUGUGUCCAUCUACAACUAAAGUUUUAAAAAGUUUAUUUGUUUGAUUUCUCUUAUGUUUUAUUUCUCAGCUGUUUUUGCUUUACUAAAUUGUUUCUUUUAUUUUCUUAUUCUAUUUUCCCCUCUACCAAUUGGGAUGUUCCACACCUGAGCUUUUACUCUCAAAACUUUUAUCAUAUUUAAUUUAAAAAUAUCUGAAGCUAUUUAAUAUCUUAAUCCCCUUUCUAAAUGAUAUAAUAGACUUAAGUCUACUGUUUAUCCCAAACUCACAAGUUAUUUUCCAGUGUUUUGAGUUUUGUUCUUUAUUCUAAAAAAACCAACAAAUGAGAACAAUAUAAUUAAUAUUUUAUGCAGAAAAGUGUUUUGAUUUACCUACAUUUUUAGCAGUUUUGUUCUGUGAUUGUAUAAAUCCUAAAAUUUUGUUUCCUCAGAUAUUAAUACUGGCCUUGGUUUACUUGACAUCUUUUUUGUUGUUCAGAAAUUUCCUUGGAGAAAAUGUCUUGGUGACAACCAUUUUUAGUUUUUGUACACAAACAUCUUUGUCAAUGUUAGAAGGUAGUUUUGAUGUGUAUCUGUUUCUAAGUUAACUAGAGUAUAUUUACUUUUUUCAGAUGUUUAUUGUUGAUAUUAAGCAGGAUAUUGUCAGUAUACUUAAUAGUUCUUUUGUAAGUGAUCUCUUUCUGUUUUCUUUUUUCUUGGUUCGGUGUUUGUAGUCAGUACAGUGUAUUUAAUUGUGAAUUUCUUUUUUGCUUGUAUGUUAUAUAUGUUUGUGUUUUAUUUUUCUAAGGACUUUGUUUUUCUCUGUUCUGAACAAUUCUCAGCAAUUUCCCCCCAGUGUUUUCUUUCCUCCACAUUUUAUAAUCUCUCCUGUGACUUAUCCAGACUAUAUCAGAAUUCCUCAUACCACUCUUCUAUCCUAUUAGCUUUCUUUCCUGGCUCCUUUCACCAAUAGACUUUGUGCUACUACAGAAAUUGCUAUUAUUAUCCAGGCCCAUGUCUCCAUUUUCUCUGUAGUAAUAAUAUCCUACCCCCCAGGUUUUAGUUAGAAAUGGCCACCCUACAUGAAAGUAAAUUUCUUCUGCAGUUACAUAUACCAACUCUAGAUUUUGGCUACUUUGAUAUAAGGAGAAGAAAUAUGUACAACUUACAACUCACACCCUAGAAAUAGGAAGUCUUUUGUUCAUCAUGCUCUAUUUUCCCUUUUAGUAGGCUGGAAAGUGUAGUAAGCCACCUAGAAUCAUGGCUGAAGAUGACUGGAGCAACUGCUAUAGACUCAAAGAUGAAGUCACACGUCCACAGAGGUAAAACAGCUUACUUGUAUAUCCCAUUCUGUUACAGGGGAGGAAGUACACUAUUAUCUACACUGUUUCUCAUCCAGAUCACCAUUUCAGGGUUUCUUUGUCAUAUCCACAUUCCUGUAAUCCUAAAUUAGUUUUGAUACAGUCUUGGCAAUUCUGCAUGAUCUAUCUGAUAUUUAAACCAUACGUUUUAAUUUUCGACACCAUUUUUUUUCAAAACUUUAUUUAGCUUUCAUUCUCCCAUAUCUGCAUGGCCAUAUUUAAUAACCUUGCUUUUGUGUGUGUGUGUGUGAGAUUCCAUUUUUAUUUUUUAGCAUUGUUAUUUGAUAAUUAAUCAUUCAGAAUCUAAAUUCCCUUGGAAUUAAAACCUAUUCUAUUGAUUUCUCACUCAUGCCAGUUAGUUUCUUUACAUGUUUUGUAGUAUCUGUGAGUUCACAUGUAUUUGAUCUUUAUCUAUGGAAACCUGGGAAUCUAUUUCUGCAAUAAAUAUAGAAAGCUCUAACAAGGGCCAGUUUGGCAGAUACCUAAGCUUAAUGUAAGAAUUUUGGCUUUAGUUUCUUUACUUGUGAUUUGGGAGUUUCCUUUAUGUUCUGUAAUCCAAACAAUAUUGAAGAUGUGCUUUUUCGAGAAUGUACUUGUUUGUAGCAGUUGGGCCUAUGGAAUAUCUAGCCAAUGCUUGCCAGGGUAGAAGUCCUCAUUUUCCUUUUAAUCCCACAGCAACAUGUCCUCAACACUCCUCUGGAGUUAAGUAUUGUCUAUCUUACAAAUCAUCCCUGUAAUGCCACAUUCAAAGGAUACUUUAUUGGCAUCAAGUUAUCUGCCCCCUCAGUAGCAUUAGCUAUUUGCUACCAUUACCACCUUUUUUAAAUUGGGCUUGAAAGCCUGUGGUUAUGACCUAUAUUACAAUACUCUAUCCUGGUCUUCUCUUAACUAAUUUUUCCUUAUUGAACAUCCUGGUUCCUUCUCUCCUAAUCAACUUUUAAAUGUUAGCAAUAUCUCAAGAGUUUAACAGCUUUGUUUCCUCUUUGUUGUGUACUUUCACUCAUGUGAGAUCAUCCAUUUUCACAGUUUUAAAUAUUACCUGUAUAUUGUCAGUUGCAAAGUUUGUAUCUUGAACCCAGUGCUGUUAACAGAGCUUCAGAAGUAACACCUGAAUGCCUUAUUCACAAGCCUCUCAAACCAAACAUUUCCAAAACAGUUCUUACUAUUGCCACAGAAGCCUUCUUAUCCCCAGAUAUUUCUAAAUAAACAGCCAGGAACUCA